AUACUUAAACUUAUAAUUGAAGGCACACACAUAUAUACAUACAUACAUAUAUAACGUAAAACUGUUUCACUUCGCCCUGGAGUGCGGAAAGUUGUCAGCAUAAGCAAUUGCUUCUAGAAAAGAAACAGAAGCACAAACGCAUACAACAAUGACGUCAAAUAUAAAGAUGUUUUGUUAUCUAAAAACGAUAUUUAUGGUUUUCGCCGUUGCGACAAAAAUCGCAUUUACAAAUGGACAGACCCAAAGUAGGGGCUUAACGGUGAGCACACACGACAUCACAGUUCUGUUGAAUGCCAAGGAGACUUUUGUAGUGUAUGACGAUCCGCUAAUAACACAGGACGUCAGCGUGAAGCUCAUAAAACAACAUGAGGAGCUUUUGGAUUUAGAGCCCGAGUCAUUUGUAUUUUACGCUGAUAGUCCGCACAAUCAGACGGUUUCGAUUACUGGACGAAGGCCCGGGCAUGUGGAAGUGACUGCCACAAGCGAUCCAAAUGAUAGUUGGAUAACAGCAGAGCUUUUCGUUCGCGUCCUCGUUGCCAGAUCUAAAGGGCUGAUCUACACUUCCUCCGUUUUUGGAUGGAUUUACUUUGUGGCCUGGUCGGUCUCGUUCUAUCCGCAGAUCUAUAUCAACUUCAAACGUAAAUCGGUGGUUGGGCUGAACUUCGACUUCUUGGCCCUUAACAUCAUCGGCUUCACUCUGUACAGUUUGUUCAAUUGUGGUCUCUUCUGGAUACCGGAGCUACAGCAGGAAUACGAGAAUCGCUAUCCACGUGGCCUCAACCCAGUAAUGCUCAACGAUGUAGUCUUUUCGCUGCAUGCCAUGUUCGCCACAGUUAUAACGAUUGUACAAUGUUUUCUCUAUGAGCGCGGCGAGCAACGUGUCUCCAAAAUCGCAAGUGGCCUUAUAGGUAUAUUUGCGUUGUUUGUUGUCAUAUCUGCCGGAUUGGCUGGCGGUUCUGUUAUACACUGGCUGGAUUUCUUGUACUACUGCAGCUACGUAAAGCUGACAAUAACCAUCAUUAAGUAUGUGCCACAGGCCCUCAUGAAUUACCGCCGGAAAAGUACCGUUGGAUGGAGCAUUGGAAACAUUUUACUGGACUUUACGGGCGGCACGCUUAGCAUGCUCCAAAUGAUUUUGAAUGCACACAACUAUGACGAUUGGGUAUCCAUAUUUGGGGACCCAACAAAGUUCGGCCUUGGCCUAUUCUCCGUACUCUUCGACAUCUUCUUCAUGUUGCAGCACUACGUUUUUUACAGACAAUCGGGCAGAUCCUCGACUGCUGACCUAACGGGUCCAGAAAAUCAGAAUGAAGCACAGAACGAACCCAACCCGACAGAGAAGUAUUAAAAGAGCACAGAUAAAAGUAUAAGCAUUUUUAUUUAUCGUAUAGAAUUUGAAUUUAUUCUGGUAGGAAAUAUAUUUUUAAUUAGUAAACAGUCGUUUUUGUAAAUCCAUUUUAUUUCGUUUGCUGAAUUUUUGAAAAAUAAAACCUAUUUCCUCGUAAGCUAUUGUGUCUAGCAAGUAAGAAGUGUGCCUAUAACCUACGUUACCUCAACACUGUCCUUUUGAAAUAAUAUUCAAAUAUGUACGUGUAUGUAUGACACACACGAUAUAAGUUUGUAAAAUAAAUAGUAAUAAACAAAAGUAAAUA